AUGCCCCCCUACGGUUCCUUGGGCUCUCCCUCGAUCAGGAAAAUGGAACAGUCGCGCGGCAAAGGCCGCAAGGGUGUUCGCUUGGGCAAUAUCCUCGGUGAUCCGUUUGCUUUGGCUACAAUUUCCAUCUCUCUCCUUGCAUGGUUCAUCACCUUCAUCGCGUGCAUCAUCUCUCAAGUCCAGGCCACCGACGGCGACCGAUUCCCUUCGUUUGCCUGGUGGUCUGUCGUCUACAGCCUGUUCCUCAUUCUCGGCGUCUUCGUCGUCGUCGCCAGCGACUCCGUACACACCUACCAUGUCGCCGUCACUGGCUACCUCGCCGGGGGCAUGGUGCUGGUCACCUCCUCGGUCAACUCCCUCGUCUACUCCAAGAGCGGGGCUAGGGAAGCAGCCGCUGCGGGCUUCAUCCUCCUAUCCAUGGUGGUGAUUGUCUGGAUUUCCUACUUUGGCUCGACGCCUUCGUCUACGCCGCGCGCCUUCCUCGACUCCUUCGCCCUGGCCAAGGACUCAGGCCCCAUGUCCAACCAGGCCUUGAACGGCUACUACGGCGGCACCGAUCGCCCCGAGACCUCUAAUUCGGUCCAGCCUCCCCAGAUGUACACGUCUGCACAACUCAAUGGCUUCGAGAACUCGUCACCCAUCGCCGGACCCUCUCAAGCCAACGGCUCUCGCGGCGCCGCCAUGCCCACGGGCUUUGGCAGCGGCUCUGCCCCGCCACCCCAACCUCAGCCUCAGCCGCAGCCGCUACAACAGCCAAAGCCCAGCGACACCGAGGUUGUUGCCCCGACCGACUAUCCCUACCAAGCCAAGGCCAUCUACAGCUACGAGGCAAACCCCGACGACGCAAACGAGAUUUCCUUUGUCAAGCAUGAGAUCCUCGAGGUGUCGGACGUCAGCGGACGAUGGUGGCAGGCACGAAAGCAAAAUGGCGAGAUCGGCAUCGCACCCAGCAACUACCUCAUUCUGUUAUGA